CGAUAAGAUUAUGUAUAUGUUUUUUUUAUAUUUCUUAAACGCUUAUCAUUUUUGCGAGAUGUUAGAACAUCUAAUAAAUAAAACCUAUUAAAAUAUCUACUCUAUUAAAAUGUUACUCGUUGUAAUCGCAUUAGUAGUAGCGUUCGUUAGCUUCGUAUACUGGAAAAUUAAACAUGAAGAACAUAAUAAUAAAGUAUUUGAAAUUUACUCGCAACCUGGGAUAUUAUUCUACGCCAAAUUCCUUAUAUUUUAUUUACUUCUAAAACUAUAUGAAUUGAAUAAACACAAGAAGGAAAAUUUAGAAGAUUUUGAUAGGCUGCUUCCGCUCUCCGAACACAACAAGGCAUUUGAUGCUGUUUCCUUUCAAGCGGUGAAUCCCGAAGGACAUUAUUUAUAUGGCGGCAUAGAAAGACGUCAUCUCGCUAAAAUCAAUGGAUUUUUCUAUCUUGUCACUCCAGAAUUCGGCUUGCUUCGAAGCCCUCAUAUACCAAAAACCAACUUGGAUGCAGAUACCGAUAUGCUGCAUGACAUGAAAUCGUAUAACGGUGGUGGAAUUCGUUUCAGUCCUAUUAAACCUAUGAAAUUAUGGAGACUUUCUUAUAAUGGAAAGAUGUUAGAUCAAAAUGAAAAUAGUGUGGAUGUCGUUGUGGAGGCAGAUUGGAAUUCGAAUCUUCCUUGUUUCAUGUUCGAUAGUGAUAUGAGCAGAGUGGCGAUAGCAAGAGCUGCAGCUGCAGAAACGUGGACGGAAGAUUUUUUUAAGAAUAUAAAAAAAGCGCAUCAAUCGCAUUACGAACAGAUGGGAUACUUAAAAGGAUUUUUCUCAAUCAACGGAAAGAAGUAUGAGAUAAAAAUGGACGCAUCUAGAAAUCAUAGUUUUGGGCAUAAACGAGAUUGGCUUCUGAUGCACAGAUACAUUUUUCACUUUAUAUACCUGGAGGAUAAUACUAGAAUCUGUGUCGGCGUUUUAAGUCACCCCUGUACCACUUCUCACAUGGAGGUGGGUUAUGUGAUCUCGCCUAAAAAGGCAAUUAAUCCAAUAGAAAAAUGCGAUUUACGUUUGUACCAACAUGGAGAAAAUGGAACACCUGGUAAAAACAUAGCGUUCAGAAUUUGGACUAGAAAAAAGGAAUACUUGAUCAAAGCAAAAACUAUAUACGAAAACAAUCAUUUCAUUGGAAACGAUUGCGAGGCUAGAAUUGUGUUCAAAUGUGUCGACUUCGAGGUAAACGGGAUGAAAGGUAGAGGAUUUGCAGAAUGGCAAUACAAUAAUCAAAAUUUUUUAUAAAAUAUGGAUGCACAAACUAAAACCUAUUUAUAUAAAACUGUAUGGAUAUGGUAUAU